UAGGAAGGAGUAAAGGGGUAUAUUAUUGAGAGCAAGCUCUCCACAAGGAAUAUGAUGAUUUCACACCUGAAAAUAGCAGGUGAAGAAUAAAGAAGCAGUGAUUGCCACUUAAAAAAAGUACUUUUAUUUUUGUAUUUAUAUUGUCGGUCAAAGAAGAAGCAACUGAGGCAUACAUGUCUGCGAAGUCGGAUAACAGAUAUCUUUAGGGCCCUAGUACUUUUGUACUGCAAUGUCAGGAAACUUGUUGGUAAGCAGUGGAAACAAAACAAAAAGAAACCAAGAACAUCAAUUUUGCGCAUAUCGCACUUUCAGGAUGGUCUCUGCCAGGUAACUAGUAAUUACUCGGAGGCACCCUUCUCCUGAAGGGAGAAUAUGUUAGAUUAUGAUGCCUGGUUGCCAAAAAAGGUGGUGACCGUCGACGUUGCCUUCGCGUUCUAGACGCUGUGGUGGUGCUUUCGAUGAAGCGCACACACUUGUGUCAAUUUUUUCGCGCUUCUCUUCCCGACACCGUUAUCACCGUAGAUGAGUCGCUAGUUUUCCUUCUUCUGAGCAAGUAAUUCACAACAGCGCGCUUGAUCAGGAAACCACACAUGAACGUCACAUCACCUCUGCUCAACAACAGUACGUUCAGCAAUCUCACUAUUUUCCAGAUAAGAGUUGGUUUGGGGACAGUUUCUAGAGAGUUGGCACAUGACGCAGAACGAAAGCCGCUUUGGAAGCCACCGCUGCAUUCGGAGCAGCAGACGCAGCCGGGACUGCAGCCACGCUCGAGAUGGCCCAGUUCAACGCCUCCGUAGCUGCGGCAGUCCGGAGGCACCUUGAAGUAGUUGACGCUGAAUUCAUCAACAGCAUGCGUCACCGCGACGUGCCAUUGAUGUCGCUCUUCAACGCUGAGGCAAAAUAUGUGAAAAAGCGCAAGGCCAUCGUGGUGUCGCCAGGCCUGGUGAGUGUCAUAAUGAACUUCACCCACAGCACGGAUCCUUUUGCGACCGUUCUCAUCGGAGCACCCAUCCUGCGAGCCAUGGUACCGCGCCGCCAAGGCGUGUACAAAUGGCGGUGGGCGAGCCAGCACCGUCUCAACCGUGCCAUCGACUGCGUCGAAAACAAGAUGGCGUCGAGCAAGACAGUAGCCGGAAGGGUUGUAACCGAGUCGUCCAUUCUGGAGCCGCUCUUUGACGCCUACCGACGGAGCCUCGCCGAUGAAAUAGGCCUUGGAACACGCCUCACGAGGCAGUACAGCAACAACGAGCUGUUCUACGUGCUGUGGGCGUUCGGGCACUGCGACGACCCUCUGGCAGAUGUGGUCGUCAACGGUGUGGCCAACAACUCUGCCCACUUCGCCUCCACUUUCGGCUGCUCCCGGGGUGACAGACUGUGGUCCGAGGACAAGUGCACCUUCUGGGUGUAGAACACCUUUUUCAUUUGUUCUUGUUUUUCUCACCGUCUGUUUUUUUUAAGUCGCUGUUGCAUUAAUCCUAUUUUAUUUGGACCUUUAUUUAAUUGUUUCAUUGCUCCUAUUUGGUGAAAUAAUAAAUGUUCUUUUUGUUUUCUC